GUUGCUUGCUUUUUGUUGUGUUGUUUGAUUGAUGAUAGAUGGCGCAGUGAACUUAGAAAAUUGCGUAUAUUGAACUGACGUUUUUGGUUAUUUUUGUUCUCGCCUCGUGUUUACUUUAGAAUCUAAUUUCGGUGCUAUUGCGAAAAGUUUGUUGUGCAACACCUAAAACGUUAUAAUUUAGUUCUAUCAACUCGGAGGCAUUGUGAAUAGUAUCGAUCCGCAGUUCCGGACUAGUUAUAUGUAUACAGUUUUAUCACGUGGUGGUGUGGUGGUUUAUAUAAUUCUUGUUUACCGCACGAGUCGAAACUUUGCGCAUGUGCGUCCCGUCCGUAACCUCAAAUUGUAGAACGGGCAGAGAUUCGGCAGGUUCCGGACAUCCGGGUGGGUGUCGCGUCGCGCUGGCGGCCUAGGCGUGUGAUGUGCGGCGUGCGGCCCGCGUGUGCUCCCCGGCGCUGCUAGCGGCUCAGCCAUGGCCCAGACGCAGUACUCGCGCAGCUCGGAGAGCGACGCCUGGGCGCUGCUGUCGCUCAAGUCGGCGCCGCCGUCGCCCUCCAAGGUGCAGUGGGCGCAGGAGCCGGCCGCGGUGGCCAUCGCGCGCCUGGACGGCCGCGACUUCGAGUACCUCAUCCGGCAGAAGCGUGUCGUCAUCGGCCGCAACUCGAGCCGCGGGGAGGUCGAUGUGAACAUGGGACAUUCUAGUUUUAUAUCGCGCCGGCACCUGGAACUGUUCUACGAUCAUCCGGAGUUCUACCUGACGUGCAACAGCAAGAAUGGAGUGUUGGUGGACGGCGUGUUCCAGCGCAAGGGCGCCGCGGCGAUGGUGCUGCCCAAGAGAUGCACCCUCCGCUUCCCGUCGACGAAUAUCCGGCUGGAGUUCCAGUCGCUGGUGGAGGAGAGCGGCGCGGGCGCGGGGGGCGGGGGCGCGCCGCUGCCGCCGCUGCGCAUCACCAUACCAAUGGAGAACGACGGCCGCAGCCCGGCGCCUUCGCCCACUGGUACAAUAAGCGCGGCGAACAGCUGCCCCACGUCGCCGCGCGGCGCGGGCGGCUCGGGGCGCCGCCACGCGGACCUCGGCCUGGUGGCGCAGUACAUACACCAGCCCAACUCUAAUGGGACCGGGGCGUCAUCGACCUCCGAGUCUGGCUACAGCUCGCGAGACGUGCGUGACUCACGCGAACACCGCGAGGGCCGCGACGACGCCAAGCCGCCCUACAGCUACGCGCAGCUGAUCGUGCAGGCCGUCGCGUCCGCCCCUGACAAGCAGCUGACACUGUCAGGGAUCUACAGUUAUAUCACGAAGAACUACCCGUACUAUCGCACGGCGGACAAGGGCUGGCAGAACUCGAUACGUCAUAAUCUGUCUUUGAACAGAUACUUCAUCAAAGUGCCCCGCAGCCAGGAGGAGCCGGGCAAGGGCAGCUUCUGGCGCAUCGACCCGCAGAGCGAGAGCAAGCUGAUCGAGCUGGCGUUCCGGCCGCGGCGCCCGCGCGGCGUGCAGUUCAGGGCUCCGUUUGGACUGUCUUCUAGGAGCGCGCCGACGUCUCCGUCGCAGGUGGGCGUGUCGGGGCUGGUGACGCCGGAGGAGCUGUCGCGCGAGCCCACGCCCGACCUGUUCACCGCCGAGGAACAUGAGGCGCAGCAGCAGCGGCUGAGCGGCAACAACGGCACGCGCGAGCCGGCCGCCAACCAGUAUCUGUUCCCGCACGUCAGCCAGAGCGCGCCCGGCUCGCCAGGUCACGGCCUCCCGUACAGCGUGGCGGGCGGCAGCGGGCUGGUGGUGGCGGGACACCAGAUCACCGUCGUCACCAACGGCGCCGGUGGCGAGAGGGAAGAGAAGUACGUGGUGGGCGCGACGGGCGGCAACCUGGUGUCCAUCAAGGAGGAGGACGUGCCCGCCUCCAACGUCAUCAUACAGCAGCACUCGCCUUACUACGGCGGCAGCUACCUGGGCGGCGGCGCGGAGGUGGAGGCGCUGGGCGGCGAGCUGGUCAUCGAGGAGGCGCCCGACGAGCCGCCGCACAAGCGCUCCCGGCACCAUCAUUCGUCGGACAUGGACGACCGGCGCGCAUAUUGACGCCCCCGCGGCGGCGCCCCCCGCGCCCCCCGCGCGCCCCCGCCGCGCCCCGCAGCCACCCACCAUCGAAUACAAACCUUCUCAGUGACUGCUGAACAAUCUGUACCAUAGUGUGCUAAGAGUAAAGUGUUGUUUUGAGUGGACAUCCUUAGUUAAGAGGUACGGUAGUUGUUUUAACUAUUCAACUUUUUCGUUUCUAGACAGUAGCUGCGAGUGAAAUGUUUCUUUCUUCGUCGGAAUGUCACAUUGACAGUGUAUUUGUUUUUUUUUUAAUUUUCAAUGACUCAGUGACUAAGCAAAUAGAUUUAUUGAUUUAAGAGUGUAUGAAAUAUGCCUGAUUGGAUAGAAUGGAAAGUGCAAUGUUUUAUUUUUACAGGCUAUUAAUCGUUAUAUAAUUAUUUAAAAGUAAUAAUUGUAGAGGACAUUGUUGCUUUUAAUGUUUAUUUGAUGAGGAAUCUGCUUACGGAACGAUCUUUUAAUGAUUUCGUGUAAUCUUACAAACUGUUCAACUGAUGUAACUGGGUACUACGAAUAAAUUUUAUUCAAGUAUCAUCCUUCUUUUUUCUUUAUGUGGCCAGUAUGCAAAAACGCGAACUAUUUAAAAUUAUAAACAAAAAAAUGAACUUCAAUAUUUCGAGGAAAAAUGGAAGCUGGAUAACAUUUUCUUCUAUUUGCCCUGUUGCAAUUUUCUUAACAAUCAUAAAACUAUCACUAACUGGCGAUUAUCCCUCUUGUAAAUAACGUUAGGAUGGCGGCGACUUUAGAUUCAAUUCUUGUCUAAAACUGGCCAAUAGAACUUCAAUAAGGGGCCGGCUGAACCUUACUACAUGUACAUUGGACAAAGAUUUGGGCCUGUUUAAGCUAACAUAAAACUCUAUACAAUUUAAAUUUAUUCAUAAACUAUUUACAUUAUAGAUUUAGAUAUUCUAAUUAAUUCCGUACCUAAUAGAAGAUGAAAUAAAGCGAAAUUUUGACUGUACUAUUCUAACGAAUUUCAUAUCUCAGUACAACUUAACAUAAAUGUAUUCCCAAUUUCAUUGAAAUGCUAGGAUGUUUUAAUAUUGAACUUUUAUGUCAUUUGAUUACAAUGAGUCACUGACUGAGGACAAAAUAGUUCAAUAUCUAAAUUUACUGUGACUUUUCUAUGUAUUUGGGGUAUUCAUUAUUUGUUAAAACUUGUAGGGGUUUUAGACAAAUAUACAAUGUUUACGUUGAAACUUAGAUAAUCCCAUUUGCGAUUGCGAAAAAUUGUUGAUGUGUACCAUUUCUUUCGGUGCAAUAAAUUAUAGGUAUUUUUGGAAUGUCCCUUAUCGUACUUACAUACCGUAAUUUACAGUUAUAUACCUAUUAUCAUAUAAAAAUAAAUGCAAAAGUACGACCCGUACAUUGAAAGCCACAGUCCUAAGUGAAAAUAACGGCAACAUUGUUGAAUUACAGUGUAUUAAUUCAAACGUUUUAUGAGUUUGACAAUUUACAAUAGUAGUACUCGGAGGAUAUUAUGUAUUACGAAAUGUCUGUUAUAGUUUAGAUGUUCUCUUUGAAUUUUUAACCGAAUUCGAAAAAAGGAGGAAGUUCACAAUUCGUCUUCAUGGUUACUCAAGUUUUAGGCAAUACCUACAUCUAAAAUGACGGAUUUAUACAUUAAUCUAGAAUAGUUAAAGAGUACCCGUUUAAAACACUAUUGAUUUUAUAAUAAUCAAAGGACAUCAUCUCGGUGGAAAGUAGUCAUAAUAUAUUCAAAUAAAGUUCCUUUUUUUGCCACAUAACCGGUUUGUAUAAGUUAGAUAUUGCUAAAUUAGUGUAAAAAUGCUCAAUACUGAAUGUGUUAUUCUGAAUCCUAGCAUCAAGAACACCAAUAACCAGUACAUUUAGAAUAGAAGCACACGUGUAAUAAGUAAUAGUUAUUAUGUAAAUAAUAUAUAUCUCCAAAUUAAUAGACGAAUAUAAUAUUAUUCUUUCCUUCCGUGUCCUGUUUGGAAUAUAGGUAUUACACGUUAGUGAACAUAAAUAAACUCCAUCCGUAUUCAUUCUAGAACGCAGCCUCUGUUCAAAUUCGUAUAAUUACAAUAUUUGAGAACCGCCUACUAUAGGGUGUUGGUUGUACAAAGUGGUAUUACAUCUCGUUACUUGCUGUUAACUCAACACCCUGUAUGUGAUGGUGUGGGCUAUGUACCAUGGACUUUAUGUAACAACUAUAUUAUGCAAUAAAAAAUCUUGUAUAAAUUACUAUUGGUAUGCACAUGACAUGACUAAAUAUAAAACUGCAUAAUCACACACCACCAAAAUGUUGAAGGAAGCAGCGAAUCGUUUAGCAUUUGGCACUAUACCUACAUCUUUGCCAAAUGAAAGUUUUCAGGUGCAUUGGGAACCGUAAAUAAUAUACACUCUGGGUCAAAAUAAUGUUCACUCUGGUGGGAAAACUUACCCCUCCCAGGUAACAAUGUCACUCUACAUACAUUAGGACAGUGCAGUCGAGGCUUCCAAUGUGACUUCAUGUGACACAUGUGCUGAGUGCUCCUAGCAUUACUUCUCUCAUGUACAAACUCAAAUAUGUAAUUUGACAAGAUUAUUUUAUGUUUGCUCUAUAACUAAAUAAAGUCUUACAAAAAUGUAACAUGAGCAUAUUUCAACUCAAAAUGAUUACCCUUUCCACGGUGGCGGUACAACUAGAAUAAAAAUACUUUACAUGAAAUUAUCGCAUUAUAUUUCCUCAUCAAAAUACUAUAUUAAAUUUAAUUGUACAAAAAACAAGAUCUUCUAUUGUUCUAUGAAUUAAAGCUUUCUUUAGCGUAAGUUGCAUUCUAAAAUAUUAUUUAUAUAAUUAAUAAUCGAUCAAACUAGUUCGACACUAAAAAGAGAGUUAAUUUUAUUAAAACUUUGUGAUUUAGGAAUAGAGUAGAUUGCGGAAAUGAUUUUCUAAUAGGUACUUCAGUUUAGGUGUAUAAAAUAUUGAAUAUUUUGUAAAGUAAGAACGCGCUUAUAAUUAUUAUAAUAUGUUAUAUAUUAUAAAAUAUGUAAAGACGGAUAUUUUAACCCCUAUAAUAUAAAAUUGGUGGUGUAUUUGAAACAAUAAAAGCACUUGUAGUUAGUUUCUUUAUUUAGCAUUUAAUGAUAUUUGUGUAUUUGUUAGCGAGAGGCUAAAAUAUAGUAUUUGCUAUGUCUUUGAGCACAUGUAUUAGGAGAUUUGUCUCGACAGUUGGCGACUCUUGGAUAUCUUUUCACUUUACUAAGACUUUACUCCAUAGCUGAGUGGGACGGAAUUGUUCUUAUAAACUAAGCUUCACAGUUCUAAAGAUAUAGUUCAUUAGCGAUUAGAGUAUAGUGGACAGUUCAUAUACAUUUGGUGUUUUUGUAUGAAUUCGAUCGACCGUCAACUAUGUUCUAAUUGCUAAUGAACUCUAGGUAUGACUUUGCUGUGGCUCAUACGUUGUCAAGUGUUCACAGUAAUGUUUAUACAAUAUCUAGAAAGUUAUACAUUUUGGCCAAAGUUAAGUUCAAGCACUCAUGAACAAUUUUAGUUUCGUUUGCUAUUUAUAUUAAAUGGCUUACAUCGUUUAUUUUCGUAUAACAUGCCCAUAGUUUUCUAACACAGUCGUUAUCAUGUCAGACAAAGAAAGGCCUGGCAAAGAAACCGAAUCUUGUUUUAUCUCAAAGAAGGCACAUUGUUUGUUUUUGUUUAAUUUUGUUUGCGAAAGUUUCGUUUCCUUGGCCAAUGCCUCUAUAAAAAUGUAUGAAGUGUGUAAAAACAUAGAUCUUUGUGACUUUUUAAAACUGUUUAACUGUAAGGCAUUAAAAAUGUCUUGAUUAAAGUUAUGCCGAAUUUACUGUUCAGUAAAAGCAUACUAAGUAUGACAGUUACGUAUGUUUCCCCACGUCUCCUCCUCAAAAUCCCGUUCUCUAUAAUCGGUGGCGUUGAGGAGUGUGGAAGAAAAUGUAUUUAAAGUACAUACAUGCAAAACUGGACUAUAUUGGUGAGUGUUGUAUGUAGUAUAGCCACUUAUUUUAUUGAAUUUGUUGUGGAAAUUAAAAUGGCGAUCCCUCGGGAAUGUCCUGUAUGCAUGUAUGGUUGUAACAAAACCGAUGUCUGAUAAUAUUUGACAAAUUCUAAGAAAUAAACGUAUUUUAUCCUGAAA